UAUAUUACUACAUAGUAUUAAUAGGAAAAGUAGGGUUUAAUUUUCCAUUCGAAACCUUGUGCAGCACUGCCUCUCCGUCCGCCUGCAAAUCGCAUUUAGCUGAUCCCGUGCUUCAAAUCAACGACGAAAAAUGUCAGGCGAAGAAGAGGUUGUUGCAGUUGAGCCUGUUGCUGCCGCUGCUGCUGUAAUUCCAGGUGAACCAAUGGACAUCAUGACUGCUGUACAGCUUGUGCUUAGGAAGUCACGUGCUUAUGGAGGUCUUGCACGAGGUCUCCAUGAAGGUGCAAAAGUGAUUGAGAAGCAUGCUGCCCAGCUCUGUGUUCUAGCUGAAGAUUGCGACCAACCGGAUUAUGUAAAACUGGUGAAAGCUCUCUGUGCUGAACACAAUGUUAGCCUGUUGACAGUUCCAAGUGCAAAGACCCUUGGAGAGUGGGCUGGUUUAUGCAAAAUUGAUUCAGAAGGAAAAGCUAGGAAGGUAACUGGCUGUUCUUGUGUUGUUGUGAAGGAUUUUGGGGAGGAACACGAAGCCUAUAAUGUUGUUCUGCAACAUGUGAAAGCUAACUGAGUUGCAAUAUUCAUAGAGUUGUGUGUUUCAAUUUGAAGUUUUUUGUAUGAGUUUUGAGAUUUUUGCCCCUCUUAACUAUCUGCCAAGGGAUUUUGAUGGUUUUAUGAAUUAGGAUGAUUUAAUACUUUAUUCAUCUUAUUGCUGCUGUUACUCAAAUUUGACUACAUGCUCUAAUUUUUCUCGAA